AUGGUGAAACCAAAACAGACUUCAGAGGACAAGCUCCUCGCGCUGCACAAGCUCGUGCUGGAUUCAGAUUCUUUCUUCGGGUCGAAGGAAAUCGAGAAACUGGCAGAAAAAGCAGGUUACAGAAGCAUGCAAGCGAAAGCAGCAGUCACGCGCAGCCUUCAGAGAACAAAAGGCGAAGCUGCUGGCCCUGCAGGCCCCAGCAGCAGAUCUGGAGUCCCUGGCUUCUGCAGUGAGUUGCAAUUCGAGUUCGCCUCCGCAGCGCUGCUGCAGCUGCUGCUGCUGCUGCUGCUGCUGCUCUCAACAGGCUGCAGCAGCAGAGGCUCUCCUCGCCGAAGCAGAUCUACUCGAACAGAAACUUCGAGUGCUGCAAGAAGAGACUCGUGCUGCUUCUUGCUGCGACCUGCUGCAGUUCCAGCAGCUGCAGCAGGAGAUUUCGUUUGCCCGCGCCGCCACAGACCGCUGGACAGACAACAUAUUCAUCAUUCGCCAGUUCACCAGAAGCCGCCUCGGGGUUCCCGAAGACCAAAUCGACCAGCUGCUCGACUUACCCGAUGGCUGGGACAAGACAGGUGCUGCUGCUGCUGCUGCUGCUGCUGCUGCUGCUGCUGCUGCUGCAGACGAUUAAGUGCUGCAAAGGGGUCGACAGGUCGACAUCUCGCGCCCGAUUUUCUGCUGGACACAAAUCCCAAUUGUUUUAAUUCAAGUUAUUUUCUUUUAAACUUUUUUCGAACUUUAAAUCUUUUUAUAUUCUGGAUUCUGUUCACUGAGGGGAUGUGUCAGUACAAAGUGUCGCGGCCAGCGACUUCUUCCCGACUUCGCCGUUUUCUUUUCAUUUCUCAACAAUGA